AGCAGUGUCCUCACAGGCCUGCGACAGUCGGGACGCCCCCUCUGCCUCCUGUGCCGCCUUCAGGAGUCAAUGACCUUCAAGUAUUCAUUAUGAAGAAAGAUCUGGCUUUUCUGGGCACUCUAAUUAGCCUCGCCUUCCUGUCGCUGCUCCGAUCUGUUUAUCCUCAACAGACUGCCGAGGAGGCCUGCUCCAUGCAGAUUCUUGUCCCAGGCCUGAAAGGGGACGCUGGAGAAAAGGGAGAGAAAGGUUCACCAGGACGGCCUGGAAGAGUUGGUCCUCCGGGAGAAAAAGGGGACAUGGGUGACAAAGGACAGAAAGGCAGUGUGGGUCGCCAUGGAAAAAUUGGUCCCAUUGGUUCUAAAGGUGAAAAAGGAGAUUCUGGUGACAUAGGACCCCCUGGUCCUAAUGGAGAGCCAGGGAUCCCGUGCGAGUGCAGCCAGCUGAGGAAGGCCAUUGGGGAGAUGGAUAACCAGGUCACCCAACUGACAACCGAGUUACAAUUCAUAAAAAAUGCACUGCCCUCCCCUGCAGCUGUCGCUGGUGUGCGAGAGACAGAUAAUAAGAUCUAUCUGCUGGUGAAGGAGGAGAAAAGGUAUGUGGAUGCCCAGCUGUCCUGCCAAGGGCGAGGAGGGACGCUGAGCAUGCCCAAAGACGAGCCCUCCAAUGGCUUGAUUGCCGCUUACAUCACACAAGCAGGCCUCGCUCGAGUGUUCAUUGGGAUCAAUGACCUGGAAAAAGAGGGUACUUUUGUUUAUUCUGACCGAUCCCCCAUGCAGACCUUCAGCAAGUGGCGAAAUGGCGAGCCCAACAACGCCUACGAUGAGGAGGACUGUGUGGAAAUGGUGGCCUCCGGGGGCUGGAACGACGUGGCUUGCCACAUCACCAUGUAUUUCAUAUGCGAAUUUGACAAGGAGAAUGUGUGAGCCGGUGCCAAUGGUGAAUGGAAACCAGUCUGGUUGAAUCCUGGCUUUUCAUGGCAUUAUGAACAGUGCUGCCCCCCAGAAAGUGACAGCAGCCAGGGAGCUGCGCAUCUGGAGAGAGCAGAGUGUCGGUAGCACCGUUUCUCUCUCAGAAGUCAAGAGAUUCAUUCAGUAAAGGUCUGAGUUUCUAAGCCUUAGAACAUGGUGUAUGCUUAAAGGAAGAAAAAAAAAAAAAGCCUUGUUGGUUGCUGUUUCUGAAGAAGUAAAGUUUUAUUAGCUGUCUUGUAGCCCAAAUGUUCAUUACACAAUUAUUACUCAGAAUUGCUCUUCCACACAGUGCUUGCCUAUGUCCAAAUGAUGCAGUCUUAAAAUAUUACAGUAGUUAGGCAAAAAGAAUGGUAAUUAGUCUUAAAUUACUGUCAUUCUUUUAAUUUCCAUAUGGAAAACAACCCACUUAACUGUGGCCAAUGUUUCUAUAAAUUACAUUAGGCUAUAGGUGCCUUUUCACUAUCAUCCAAGUAAAAACAAUUUUGGUUUCUUUUAAACCUCAGCUGUUAGGAAAAAGAAAGAAUUCUCCAUCCUUUACUACUGAAUCUGUGGUGUCAUUUUUUCUCUUACUUUUUACAAUCGUUGUUUUAGCUAUCUAUUGCAAAGUAUUAUCUGUAUUGCAAGUUAUUAUCUAUAAAAAAUUAUUCCAAGACUUAAUCGCUUAAAAUAAAAAUAUUUUUUAUCUCUGUA